UGGUCAACUAUGGCUUUAGCAGAUAAGAGACUUGAGAACCUGCAGAUCUACAAAGUUCUUCAGUGUGUUCGGAACAAAGACAAGAAGCAGAUAGAGAAGCUGACCAGGCUCGGAUAUCCUGAACUCAUCAAUUUCACAGACCCGGUCAAUGGAAACAGUGCUCUGCACUUAGCCUCAGUUUCCAAUGACAUCGACAUGGUCAGCUUUCUCCUGAGCCUUGGUGCUCACCCUGAUGUGCAAGACAAAAUGGGCUGUACUCCGACUAUGAGGGCUGCAGAACUGGGCCACGAACUGUCCAUGGAAAUAUUAGCCAAAGCAAAAGCUGAUAUGACUAUUGUUGAUAACGAAGGAAAAGGUAUUUUGUUUUACUGCAUUUUACCUACCAAGCGGCAUUAUCGGUGCGCGCUGAUUGCCUUGGAACAUGGUGCAGACGUCAACAACUGUACCUGUGAAGGAAAGCCGAUAUUCCUUAGAGCUUGUGAAGAAGCGCAUGAUGUGAAGGAUGUGUGCCUGACGUUUUUGGAAAAAGGAGCCAAUCCAAAUGCUAUCAACACAGUACUGAAGCUGCUUUUUGCACACAACGGAGACAUGGGGCUGAUUGCAAUGAAUGGCAACACGCCACUUCAUUAUGCUGCCAUGGGUGGUUUUGCGGAUUGCUGUAAAUAUAUAGCUCAGCGAGGAUGUGACCUAAAAUGGAAGAAUCUGGAGCAUAAAACACCGAGGAACUUGGCUAAGGAAGGCGGCUUCAAAGCAGCCAGCAAAGAAAUACGGCGGGCGGAGCAAAUCGCUAAUAAACUGGCCAGGCCAGGGGUCAAAAAUCCGAAUCCGCCCUUGUUCCUGAGACUUCACGAUUGGUCAGUAGAACAUGAGACUUUCCUUCGGGAAGCCUUCUCGUUUGUGGACAGGGGCGAUGGGACAGUCACCAAGGAGGACUUUGUGCUGACCCUGGAGGAGAGGCAAGAUUUUGUGAACUCAGAGCAGCUGGCUGCUAUAGCGCAACUUCACGAAAAAGUCCGGGGUGGAGGGGUCAAUAUUAAUGAGUUCUUUAAAGGGACCAGAUAUUUAAGUAAGUCUUAUGUCUUGGGAUCCUAUGGGCCUAAGAAAAAGAAAAAAGGGAUGGCCAAAAAAGCCAGAAUGGGCAAGUUUGUUUUACCCCUCCCCAUCUGUAUCAUCCCCGACCAAGUGUUUCCACGCCGCAGCGACGGUGGGCCGCCCUAUUAUAUGAUCGAAACCUACAAGAAUGUGACUGACUGCAGUCGCUUUAACAGAGAUCACCCCCCAGAACAUCCCAUUCAGGAUGACUCUGCUUGGUAUAUUGAUGACCCAGGGAAGGUCUUUUCAAACAUUAAUUUUAUCACCAAGGCGGGAGACCUGGCUUCUCUGAAAAAGGCUUUUGAAUCAGGAAUACCUGUGGAUAUGAAGGAUAAUUACUACAAGACACCGCUAAUGACUGCAUGUGCUACUGGAAACAUCGAUGCAGUCAAGUUUCUUCUUGAAAAAGGGGCUAACGUUAAUGCAACAGAUAAUUUUCUGUGGACUCCUCUUCAUUUUGCAUGCCAUGCUGGCCAACAAGAUAUUGUUGAGCUUCUUGUUAAAUCUGGAGCCGUGGUAGAUGCCCUUUCAAUCAACAACUCAACUCCCUUAAGUAGAGCCAUUGAGAGCUGUAGACUGGAUACUGUAAAAUACCUACUUGACAUCGGUGCUAAAUUCCAGUUGGAGAACAGGAAAGGGCAUGCUGCCAUGGAUGUUGCAAAAGCUUAUGCUGACAGUAGAAUAAUUGCUUUGAUUAAAGAAAAGCUGGAUAACUUGCCCAAACCAGCAGAAAAUCAAAAACCAAAAGGCAAGUCACCACCCAAAGCAAAGACUGAAGGCCCAGAGAUUAAGAAGGAAGAGGAAACACUUUCAGCAAUGUACACUGUACCAGCCAUCGUGGAGGAAAAGAAGAUGCGUAAAGAUAAUGUAGUUCAUCUCAAUUCAUUGAUUACCAGUGGUUAUACCAAGAAAGUGGAUAUCACGUUUAUCCCACAGAGAAUCUGGAGUCCCGAAGCCACGACAGCAGAGCUGAUCAGAAUGAGGGAACUGCGCCGGGAGAGGUUCACUUAUGAGGUAGAUUUUGAUGACUUCAUGAUGCCCUUUCAGAAGCACAUCACAGAGAGAGCACAAGCAAUGGAAGCUAGCUUCAAGGCGUAAAUCACAGCAGUUGCAUCUCAGAAUAAACAUUUUGAGGCCCAGGUACCAAAUGUUGGAGAAAGUAGAUUCCUAUCAAAGUCAAAGCAACUCACAAGUUAAGCACUGUAACAAAAUAUUUGUCUUUGCUUUAACAACUAUAAAUAUUUUUAGCUGUCUAGAGAAGUCAUGUUUUAUUUUGCAAUAAAUUGCACGUCAUUCUGGAUAAAUUCCUCAAUCUUCCUCAAGAAUGUAGUAGAAAAAUGGCAUUUUUGGUUAUAAACAUAGUGUCAUCAUCAAAGAAUUUACAAGAUGUACAUCAUUAUGUUUGUUUGUUAAAGAUAUCCUUUUAGUGGAACUGAAUGAAAGCUAUUUAAUAUUAGGGAAGAGAAGCCCUUUUUAAUACA